AUGGCCGCCAUGGGCCGGUUGGGCUUCCUGGCCGUUGCAGUGGUUUUCCACUUGGUCUACAUUUAUUCCAUCUUCGAUAUCUAUUUUGUCAGCCCCAUUGUAUCUGGCAUGCAGCUGGUGUCAGUGGACCGCCCUGCAAAUAUAAAGAGUCCUGCGGAUCGAUUAGUCCUCUUUGUUGGCGACGGAUUACGUGCCGACAAAGCAUUUCAAGCCUUCCCUGAGCCAUAUCCCGAGUCGGACGAAGACCUCAUCCCCAGACACUUGGCUCCCUUUAUUCGCUCCCGAGCCCUCCAGCAUGGAACCUUUGGAGUUUCGCACACGCGUGUUCCUACCGAAUCCCGGCCUGGCCAUGUGGCCAUGAUUGCUGGCCUUUACGAGGAUGUUUCUGCAGUGGCAACGGGAUGGAAACUUAACCCUGUCAAUUUUGACAGCGUCUUCAACAGGAGUCGUCAUACCUGGAGUUGGGGCAGCCCUGAUAUCUUGCCAAUGUUUGAGCGUGGAGCUGUUCCCGGUCGUGUAGAUGCAUAUAUGUAUGCCGCCGACUUCGAAGAUUUCUCCAAAGAUGCGACGCAUCUUGACAUCUGGGUUUUUGAUCACGUCAAAGAUUUAUUCACCCAGGCUGCAACCAACAAGACCCUCAAUCGAGCCCUUCGACCUUUCUCAAAAGAGUACCUGCACAAUAUCCAAAUCGUCGAUAAAGGUGUUCAAGAGGUGACAGACCUCAUCCAGAAAUUCUAUGCAGAUGACCGAACUGCAUUCGUCUUCACUGCGGAUCAUGGCAUGAGCGAUUGGGGUAGUCACGGUGAUGGCCAUCCAGACAAUACGAGAACGCCUUUGGUCUGUUGGGGCUCGGGUGUGGCUCCCCCUGUUCUCCAUCCGGGAACAAUUGCCCCGGGCCACGACGAAUUAUCGGCCGAUUGGGGACUGGAUCAUGUUCAAAGACAUGACGUCGCACAGGCUGAUAUCGCUGCGCUCAUGUCCUAUCUCAUCGGCGCCGAGUUUCCUGUAAACUCCGUAGGCAAGCUGCCUCUCCCAUAUUUGUCCGCCAAUACUCGUCAAAAGGCGGAAGGGCUGUUGGCCAAUGCUCGCGAGAUAUUAGAGAUGUACAGGGUGAAGGAAGAGAAGAAGCAAGCAAACGAAAUGAGAUAUAAGCCGUAUGGUGCCUUUGGCGAUGCAGGUCUUGCUCCGGCACAACGUGUGGCCAACAUUGAGCAACUAAUCUCACUCGGAAAAUAUGAAGAAGCUAUUGAGGAAUCUGACGCCCUCAUCAACCUCACCCUGGAAGGAUUGCGCUAUCUUCAAACCUACGAUUGGCUAUUUCUGCGAGCCUUGAUAACAGUUGGAUACCUCGGUUGGAUAACAUAUGCUAUCACGACGGUGAUCAACUUGUAUGUGGUUCCGGCAUCAACUGCACCCAAACGCAGCACCUCGACCGUUUUUGGGUUCCUUUCCGUAUUGGCCGCACUAUAUGCGUCCUUUAUAGCAUCCAAGUCUCCUUCGACAUAUUACGCAUAUGCCCUCUUUCCCGUAGUAUUCUGGGAAGAGGUUUACGCUCAGAGGGAGAACCUGCGGGAAGGAGGCCGGUUGCUCUUUGGGCAUAUGGGAUCAGCUAGCCAUAUUACAGCCUUUGCUGUAAAUGCAAUUAUUUACUGCGCUGUUAUAGUGUCUUUGGCCCUCGGCUACAUCCAUCGUGAAAUCCUAACCGGUCUGUUCAUCUUGGGAACAAUAUGGCCCGUCGUGUGUGGCACGUCCUUUAUCCGCUCCAAUGCUCUUCUCAGCAUAGCAUGGGCGAUAUCUUGUUUGGUUAUGAGCACUUUCACGCUCUUGCCAGCAAUGAAACACGAGAACGUUGAUAUGAUUGUGGCCAGCGGUGUGAUCAUGAGUCUGAUUGGAGUGCUCUAUAUGAUUUUUGAGCCUUUCGUACUGUCCGACUUUUCCUCUGAGACUGCCAAGUCCAGUAAUCACACAAAUUCCUUGGUUGCUCGGGUGGCAACGGGUAUUCAGGUCGGCCUCAUUAUCCUUGCCACAAUAGUGACACGCUCCAGCUCCCUGUCGAUUCAAGCCAAGCAGGGCUUGCCUCUGGGGAACCAGAUCAUGGGAUGGAUUGUUCUUGUAUCAUCCUUUUUGACCCCCUUACUACAUCGGUUAUCGCCAAACAGCAAUUUCAUGCACCGCCUUGCCAUGAUGUUCUUCACGUGCGCUCCGACAUUCAUCAUCUUCACGAUUUCUUACGAGGGUCUAUUUUAUGUUGCUUUCUCACUUCUGUUGGUCAUUUGGGUACGUCUAGAGUAUCGUAUCGAGACGUUUGGCAAAAGCCAAGCCGCCAGCACGAAUGGGUCUGCAAAGACCGACAAAGCCGUAUCGCAUCGACCCUUGCGGCUAUCGGAUGCCCGUGUUUCCCUGUUCUUCAUGGUCCUCCUUCAGUCAGCUUUCUUCAGUACCGGAAACGUUGCAUCCGUCUCGUCAUUCAGCUUAGACAGCGUUAAUCGGCUGAUCCCCGUGUUUGAUCCAUUUUCCCAAGGAGCACUUCUGAUUCUCAAGUUGAUGAUCCCAUUUGUUCUCAUUUCCGCAAAUCUUGGCGUUUUGAACAAGCGACUUCAAGUGGCUCCGUCAGCAUUCUUCAUGGUGGUCAUGGCAGUCAGCGAUAUCCUGACCCUUUACUUCUUCUGGGUCGUUAAAGACGAGGGCUCUUGGUUGGAGAUAGGAUCCACCAUCAGCCAUUUUGUUAUUGCCAGUCUUUUGUGCGUAUUUGUUGCACUUCUCGAAGGAGUCAGUGCCAUGUUCAUCAAUGGGAUUGAUGUUGGUGAUGGGUCGUCCCAAAACCCGAAAAUUCGGGCCAACGGCAACAAGGACUCGAAAAAGGAGAUAUAG